AUGAUGGAUUCCCAAGAGGCCACACUAAAGAAGCUUAGUCAAGGUUCUCGUCGUGAUCUAAGCUUAAUUCCUGAAGACUGUGCGAAGACAACUGAAAGUUUUACCUUGACAAGGAUUACACAAGAUGACGAGGCAGUGAUGAUAAAUGCUGAUUGUUCGACUCAUUCUUUAGAGGGUUCUAGUGAUAUUCCAUCCAUGGGAACCUCGAAAGAGCAAUGGAGCAGGAAUGUGUCCGUUCUUUACUUGUUUUCCAGGUAUAAGAGUUCUCAAAAUGCUGUAAGCUCUCCUGAUGAGGAAACAAUGGUGAAAAAAGACAGUUGUUCGUCUGCCAGUAUUUUUGAGCCAUAG